CCUUCUUCUUUUCCAUUUAUAUUAUAUAUACAUAUAAAAAAAAAAAUGACUGAUUUUACUCAAAGAAAAUACGAUCUUGUUGUAUUUGGUGCAACAGGAUUUACUGGUGCAUUAACCUGUGAAUAUUUGGCAGAAAUCCAAGAUGAGAAUCUUUCUUGGGCUUUAGCAGGUCGUAACCUUGGUAAACUUGAACAAGUACGCGAUCGUCUUGCCACCAUUGAUCCUAAAUUACAGAAUCUUGAUCUUUUAAUUGCGGAUGCUACACAAACGACCAGUCUUGAUACAGUCUUGUCACAAACCCGUGUUGUUAUUAGUACCGUGGGACCUUUUGUGAAAUAUGGUACACCACUUGUGGAAGCCUGUAUUCGUCAAGGCACACAUUAUGUCGACACGACGGGUGAAUAUCCUUGGGUCAAACAACUCAUCGACCGUCUCGAUAAAAAGGCUCAAGAGAAACAAAUCAUGAUUGUCCCUACAUGUGGGUUUGAUUCCAUCCCUAGUGAUUUGGGUGUUUACAUGGUUUCCGAUUACAUGCACAGCAAGCAUAAUUUAGCUGUAACCGAUGUCAAGAUGUCGCUAGUUCAUGUGAAAGGAGGUUAUUCGGGAGGUACUGUACAAUCCAUUGUAGAAAUCAUGACCAAUAAGGAUAUCUCGGGUAAGGAUCAAAUGGACCCUUAUCUUUUAGCUACACGUCAAGGUGUGGACAGACCUAGCUUACCCAUGAUUCGUCGUGACCGUGACUUUGGAGAUAAAUGGCAAGCCUUCUUCUUGAUGUCUGCUGUCAAUGAAAAGGUCGUGCGUCGUAGUUGGUCUAUUUGGGCUGAUCGUGGUCAAAGUUAUGGUAAUCUUUUCCGCUACAAGGAAACGAUGACCUUUGAUUUCUUGCCUGCUUUGGCUUUAACCUUGAUCCUGUAUACGGUGGUUCCCUUGGCUGCUUUACUUUUCAAGGUACCCUUUUUGGCCAACAAAAUGAAAUCCAUGUUGCCUGCUUCAGGUGAUGGUCCUGAUGCCGAACAAAGAGCUAAGGGUUGUUUCGAGAUGCAAUUUAUUGCUACAGCAGAGACAGAGCCUUAUGAUAAAGCUGUACGUGUACGUGGUACUGUAAAAGGAUUCAGAGACCCUGGGUAUGGUGAUACUUGUCGUAUGGUCGCAGAAUCUGCUUUAUGUAUCGUUAAAAGUUUAAAAGAUCUUCCUGGUAAUGGUGGUGGUAUCUUGACCCCUGCUACUGCUUUUGGUAAAGUCUUAUUGGAUCGUUUAACACAUAAUGGUGGUAUGAUCUUUGAAGUCAAGGACAUUUAAAUAAUAAAAGUAUGCGCGUGUUUGUUUGUGU